CACUAUAUAUAUAUCUUCAUCACACUUGUCUCUCUCUUGUCCUCAAAUCAAAUCCAUUUCUUCAUCUCUCUUUCUCCCAAACUCACCCCCAGUUUCUUUAAAAAUUCAACAAUGGAUAGCAAUGUACCAGUGAUAUCAAAGAGAGUUUGGAGUAUGGUCCGUGUGGCCUUCUUCAUGUUGAGAAAAAAAUUAUCAAAGGGAAAAUUAAUGAAGGAUCUAAACAUGAUGCUCAAACGCCGCCGCAAGCUUGCUGGAAAAGCCAUUGCUAACUUAAUGUUCCAUCAUCACCACCAAGGCUCCACCUCAUGCAGCCGCUCCCACAACUCCUUCCCUUUCACUCAGGCACUUGCUACAUCGCAUGAUGAGGCGAUGACUAUGAGCGCAAUGAACACAAUUCUGAAUAUGCUAAACAAUGAUCAAGCGAUUGUAGAAGCAUCUCCAGCAUUCUCCGGAUUUGGCCAUAGUCCAGCUGUGAGGCAAUUGAUCAGGGUGACUGACUCUCCAUUUCCUUUGAGAGAUGAUGAUGAGAAGGACAACCAGAUUGAUAAGGCUGCAGAAGAUUUCAUAAAUAGGUUUUACAGCAAGUUGAGGAAACAAGAAUGAGUGUGUUGUUGUGAAUGCUAGGUAACCAUAUUUUAGUUUUUGGUUAUUUUCAAGAUAUAUAAUCCAGAGUUGAUAAAUGUACAUGAGUGAAGGUUUUUAUUCUUGUUAAUUAUGCGUCUACAUAUGUUUAUGUUAACUCUUGCUUAUCAAUAAAUAAUUAAAGAAUAAUUACAAAAUCUAUAAAAUAAGAGACUGAAUUGAUGGAACUUAUCAUGUACUUCAAAGUCUUCAAUAGGGGGACACAUCAUUCUACUGGUAGUAUUUAUAUCGAACUCUAAUUUUGACGGGGUAAUUUCAUGGU